AUGCAGGCCGACUACCUGCAUCAGUACCUGGAUUAUGUGGCCAGUAAUGGCCUGGUGCUGAGCCCCGAACAAAAGGUCGCGCUGCAGGUCUCCCUGGAGAUCGUCAAGAAGAACUACAAGUUCAGCCGGGUCUAUUUCUGGGGCAAGAUCAUGGGGCUGACCACCGACUACUUCAUCGUGCAGGGUGUCGAGACAGACGAGCUGAAAGACAAGAAGAGCCUGUACAGUUUCAACUGCAUGGAUUGGAAAUUGCUACCCCCAGCAACAGACAAGAUGAUAGAGAGGUCCAUGAUGGUUAAAGGUCGUUUCAUGGGUGACCCUUCUCAUGAGUACGAGAGCAUAACAGUUAAGAAAACCGACGUGGAAACAAUUGAGGAGGUUAGUUUGAAGAUAAAGGAGGAAGAACGCCUGACGGCUACGAUUGAACUAAUAAACAAAGAAGCUGCAAUAAUUCCCAGGGGUGCUUUUAUCAAGACACCUCUUGAACAGGUCCACAGGAAUAGGAGUUUUGAAGGUUUGUCAAUAAUCGAGGCUGGGAAGUUACAAUCCUAUCUUCACUUCACCACACCAUUAAUACUGAAGAAGAAGUCACUGCUUUUACAAGCCAAUUUGGAGGAAUCCAUUGAUUUUCUCAAUUCUCUUGAUGAUGAUGAGUUGAAAGUGUUCUGGAGUCUGCAGUAUGAAAAGGGCAGCAAGUUGGUCAUUCUUCGAAACCUCCUGUGGCUCGGCUUCACCUUCUUCCACAUGCCAGAGACUGCUCAGUAUGGCUACAUCUACAUGGGCCUGGGCGAGAGGAACAUUGACUUUCCAUUCAUGAUAUGA